AUGGCAUCAGAAUUUGACGUGCCAGGUCGCCAACAGCUAGAUGAUCUGACACGUCUGUUUGAUUCCUUGUGUCGUGAGAAAUCUCCGACAGCUCUUUUUUCAAAACGAGAGCUUUUUUAUCCUCUGUAUUCAUAUGUCAAAGGGCUUACUAAUGAGGGCUCUGACGUGCAGGUCACGAAAGCAGCACGAGAUAAAAUUUGCCACAAAGUCGGUGAGCGCAUGAAAAAGGUUCUCGAGGUGAAGUUGAUCUUUUUAAAGAAGAAGAGGGACAAUGUGGUCCCCUCUAACGCGACCCUAGAGAUUUGUCUGAGAUCGACUCUUAAAAUGUACGUAUUUAUCCUGUGCAAUAUAUUAAUGUCAGUCGCUCCUCCACCUGAAGAUGAUGGAAGUGGCUUUGCCAGUAUAGCUACGCCAUCACAGCGCCGUGGUGCUCGUCGGAAAAGGCGAUUCGGUGAAUCGGAGGCUGGAUUUGGCGAUGAUGAAAGUGGAGUUGACAUGGACGGACGAAAAUUAGCGCUUGCGUCUCUUAUUGAGCUAUGCUCACCUGAAUUUAUGGCAUUCUGGCCAGACAAUUCCCUCGAAAGCGGGAGACUCAACCUUACUAUGGAAACGAUUUAA